AUGGUUCGCUUGGAAGAAGUUCCCGACGAGGAGAUCCUCCGACAGCAGCGAGCUUCUGAUGCUGCUGCCGCCGCUGCCGCAGCCGACGAAGAUGACUGGGAGGAGGACGACGGAUCAGAUGCCGAGUCUGACUUCUCCGACGACUCGGACGUCUCCGAACGAGGCAUCGCCCUCCGCGAAGAGUCCGUCUGGGAGCGACUCUCCGCGCUCCGCGACAUCAUCCCUCCCAGCACACGUCGUUCGAUCGCAUCCACGUUCAACACCACCACAUCAUACGCCUUCACCGGUCCAACGAAGAAGGAAAAUGACGCCGAGUGGAGAGCAGCUGUCAAAAGUGAGCACGAGCCAGAUUUAACGCCGACAUCCUUCCGAUUGUUACUUGUUUCUUCUCCAUCAUCUACUGCUUCGAAGCGACAACCACCAGGACGACGAUGGACCGUCAUAGACCUUCAUGAGAUCCGAUUGGAAAUAGCGCUGUACUGCGCUGUCCGCUAUACGACUGCAGUGACUCGCUUUCGCAGGAUCCAGUCCGGUGGCUUUGCAAGCAUGCCAGUCUGCAUCCACUGUGCCACGCCCAUCGAUUCGCUGUACAUGCGAUACGGGAAAGACCACAUCGUCCUCUCACCCUGCACUUCUUCCAUCUGCUCAUCUACAUCCACCUCCACCGCUUCGACCUCCCCUGCCGCCGGCUCCCAAUCACCCGUCGUCCUCGCCGACGAGUACCUCGAACACGAUCUACCCAUCGUCAUCAUCGACCUCAUCCUCGCAAAGCCCCAAGCCUAUCGUCACCUCCUCUUCAAUCGUUCCACCAUCUUCACCCCCACCAGCAACGAUGCUCUCCAGAAGAAACACUUGCGAUUUGCGGGGAGGAGGAACGCCACCGCCGAUGCGCGCUGA